UUAAAACCCCUCCUUCCUCCGGGCAACCCUAGUAUCAUUUCCAUGUCUUGUUUCUUCCUUCUCACUCUCUCCUCAAGGCCAUUUUCUUUGUAAUUUACGAAUAAUUAUUUCUAUAUCUUUCUCUGAUUCUUCUCUUAAAUUUCGUCUGCAAAUCCUCAAUCAGAUUCUGUUUCCGAAGCUUUAAAUUCUCUUUAAUUGUUCUGCAUCCUUUGUUCAAUCUAUAAAUCCCUUGUUGAUCAGCCAUGGGUGUUGCAGUUCUAAAACCAGGGGAUUGUCUAAAGCUUCCGCUCCCUAGUCCUGUGAAGCAACCGAAAAACCAAGUUCCAAAUCCUGCCCGAACGAACCGGGCACAACCCAACCGUAAGAAGCGAUCUCCGAACACCUCCCCUCCUUCUCGUCCCACCGUGGGCCCCAAAGUUCCGGCCAAAAAUCUCGUGAUGGGUCAAGUCAAGAUCCUCAAACGCGGCGAAGAUUUAAAAAAAUCGACGCCGGAAAAGUCUGUAAGUUUGGAAAAGGAAAACGUCGGUGUAGAUCUGGGUUCCACUAACCGUUUAGGUCCAGAUCCCGGGUCCGUUCCAACCCAGAUCCGCCUUACUGAGUCAAACAGCAACAGCAACAAGGUCAUUCCAGCCGCUUUUUAUGCUGGGUCGGCCUUUAUAACAUCGCCUCCGCCGAGUUCGGUUCCCAUGCCGGCGUUUUUCACGAAGAAGAGCAGCGUUGCCGUGAAGAACGAUGAUGCUACAAGUGAUUUGAGGAGGAUAUUAAGGCUGGAUUUGUAGCUAACAGCGACGAAUCGUGGGCUGGUGCUGGAAUAAAUCUGUUGCAGUUUGUUGAUAACACUCGUUUGGGUUCUCUAAUUUUCGAUCAUCCCUUAUUUUUUCAAGGGGAAAAAAUCGAAAUAAGCUAACUCAAAAAUGUAGGUUUUUAGUCUUCCUAAUCAAAGUUCCUCCGCUGUAUAGUUUUUAUGUUAGAUCGUUUGCUUUAAUACGCAGGGUGUCUCCUGGGUUUCUACUGUCUAGUUCUCUUCAUCUUUCUUCUUUGAUUUCUCUUAUGGGGUAAAAUUUCAUUUCCUUUUUACUAGUAUUGGGUAAUAUAUGUAAGGGUAGAUUUGCUGGGUUUGUGUUUGAACUAGUGUUAUUGUGUUAGGAUGUGAAAUCAUGUAAUUGAUUUAUGUAUCCCUCCUGCUUAUCAGUUGCUUAUUAUGUAGUUACCGGUUGAUUUAUCAGUAAAAUUUCUAGUUGUUUCUCAGUGUUAA